CACAAUCCCUUCUCUAGUGGUCUACCAAAUGUGUCCGUAUGUUUUCAACACACUAUCCUCGUGUGGAUACCAACUGCCUUCUUUUGGGUUCUUCUGCCUUUCUUAUUUGCCCAAGCAUCGCUAAAUGGGCGUAGGUAUAAAAGCUUGCCUUGGAGUCUACAAUUAUAUCUCAAAAUGGGAAACACGACCUUCAUUACCUUGGUAUCUUUGUUCAUUAUGGAUUUAUCACUUAUACUCACUAUUUACGGAAGGAAUCUGGAAUGGUUUCUUCUGGAGUCUUACAUCUGUCGGCUGUUUUGUUUGCCGUUUGCGGCGGACCGCAAUUUUAUCAAAAUGUUAGACAAGGCAAUGACGAUUCCAUCUUAUUUGUCGUCUGCGCUAUGUAUUUCAUACCUGGUAUGGUACGCAGCUGUUAUCAUUUACGUUUUCGUUAUGUGCUGGGCUGAUCCACGUGAUUCAACUGAAAAGGCGCGAGGUUCUGCUGAAUUGGAUAGCUCCUUUUUCAAUCGCCUUACUCUGUGGUGGUUUAAUCCCGUCCCUUGGAAGGGUGCUCGCAAAGAUCUUGAGCCCGAAGAUCUCUUCGAAUUGAAUGAAGGAAGUACAACGAAGUAUUUGAGUGAACUGUGGGAAGAGCACUGGCACCACCGAAUAGCAGAUUACUACAACAAAAUGCGAAUCUGGCAAGAUUAUGGCCAGCUCAUUGGUUUCGUGUCUGAUCCCAAAUCCCCUCUGUGGGUUGGUCUUUCCUACUCUAUACUAAUGUUCGCGGCAUCAGAGGUCCGCUCAUUCGUUCUUAACUCGUAUUUCUACAUCAUGUUCCGUAUGGGAAUCAAAUUCCAAACCGCUCUGACUGCUGCGGUCUAUAAAAAGUCCUUAGAAUUGUCCAACUCUGCCCGAAGAGAUAAAACAGUCGGAGAAAUUGUUAAUUUAAUGGCUAUUGAUAUAGAAAGAUUUCAAAUGAUUACUCCUCAAAUUCAACAAUUUUGGAGCUGCCCGUAUCAGAUAACAUUAGCUUUGGCGUACUUAUUUUUAACCCUUGGUUAUUCGGCUUUGCCGGGAUUCAUUAUAAUGUUAAUUGCCCUACCGUCGAACAUUAUUUGUUCUAUAAUUGUGAAAAAGUGGCAGGUAGAGUUGUGUUCACGAUCGAUUCAUGCGCUCUCUGCUUUCUAUAAUCACAGCCAUUGCUACCAUCAGGUCCAACAAAUGAAACUGAAGGAUGAGCGAACUAAGAUGGUGAAUGAAGUUCUCAACGGGAUUAAGGUGGUAAAAUUGUAUGCAUGGGAAUUACCAAUGGAGGAACUCAUCAAUGAAAUAAGGCGAAAAGAGUUGGUUUUGUUGCGAAAAUCGUUCCUUGUCAGGAAUGUCAUGGAUUCUUUCAACACCGCCAGUUGCUCUAUUUUCCUUUGGCACAUAUGUGUUGUCGUCACGUCACAUGAGCUUACACCACAGGUUGCUUUCGUAUCCUUGACACUUUUCAAUCAACUUCGUUCUCCCAUGACCAUGAUAGCGAUGCUCAUAAGUCAAAUAGUACAGGUGCUCGUUUCGAAUCGGAGGCUGAAGGAAUACUUUGUAGCUGAGGAACUCGAUCUAAGUAUAGUAGAUAGAGAGCAGCGCACUGGCGGGAGUGUCGUUGAGUUUGGAGAUUUCUCAGCCACUUGGGAUGAAGGCAGUGAUUCACAAAGGACCACAAACACCCUCCAGGAUAUUAAUCUCGAAGCUAAAGGCGGCUCCUUCAUCGCUGUCGUGGGUCAGGUGGGCGCAGGAAAGUCGAGCCUUCUCUCAGCACUUUUAGGCGAGAUGGGAAAGUUGCGCGGGACAGUUGGUCUCCAUGGGGAUGUGGCGUAUGUACCACAGCAACCUUGGAUUCAGAAUAUGACGCUUCGCGACAAUAUACUCUUUGGUAAACCAUUUGACAAGCGCAAGUACAACCAAGUGCUGUCUGCUUGCGCUCUGAAACCUGAUCUGAAAGUACUCGCACACGGUGAUUUGACUGAAAUUGGAGAAAAGGGGAUUAAUCUCUCCGGGGGACAAAAGGCUCGAGUGUCCUUAGCUAGAGCAGUUUACCAAGAUCACGAUAUAUAUUUACUUGAUGAUCCAUUGUCUGCUGUAGACGCGCACGUUGGAAGGCACAUCUUUGAAAAGGUGCUAGGCCCAGAUGGACUCCUGCGAAACAAAACGAGGAUUCUGGUCACUCAUAGAUUGUCAUAUAUCAAAUUCGCGGACGAGAUUAUUGUUUUACAAGAUGGUCGCAUAAUUGAGAACGGCCGAUAUAGUGAACUGAUGAGACAGCGUGGUGCUUUUUACAAAUUCGUUGAGGAGUAUAAAUCGAGUUCCGAAAGUGAUGAGAACAGUGAAGGCUCAGGAGACUCUGACGGAUUGGAAAAAAGUGCAGACGACAUCGAUACUUCGAAGGAUCUUUCUGAUAGUGAAGAGAAAACAAGCAAGUCCGCCUUGACAUCGUCCUUCAUGAUCAAAUCCAGCGACGGUAAACUCAUCAAAAAAGAGGAGGUUGAAACAGGACAAGUGAAGCUCUCUGUGUAUCGGCUUUACAUGAAGGCGGGAACUUACUGGAAAUGCUUCUCAUUCUUUUUCCUACUGGCUGCUUUCCAGUUAUUCCAAACUAUGCGUAGCUUCUGGUUAUCCGCUUGGUCAGAUGAUUAUGAUGGUCAACAUGCUCAAAAAAUGGCGACUGGUUGGCGAUUAGGCAUCUACGGUACCUUAGGCACAAUAGAAUCGCUGUGCUUUUUGUUUUCAUUAGUGAGUCUUGCAUUUGCUGGACUCGCCGCAUCCUACAAUCUCCAUGCUCCAUUACUCCACAAUCUGUUUCGCUCUCCUAUGUCGUUCUACGACACGACACCUCUUGGAAGAAUUCUAAAUCGUUGUGCAAAGGACAUUGAAGUGGUCGACAUGUUACUCCCUACGAAUUUUCGGUAUCUUGCUAUGUGUAUACUCCAGGUUUUUGUCACACUGAUAGUUAUCGUGAUAUCAACACCCAUAUUCGCUGUUGUUAUUUUACCUCUCAUGAUUAUAUAUUACUUCUUUUUGCGUUUUCUACGUGUUCCCACUUCACGCCAGCUGAGAAGCUUACGAGAGAACUAA